UAAAUAUAAUGUCACAAAUAAAUUACAAUAAUUUUUUUUAUUAUUAAAUUGUACAAUUAAUGUUAUUUAGUUAUAAAUUACGUUCUUUUUACUAUGUUGUCUGCAGCUAAAGUUCGCAUCCAUGGCAUGCAAGAUGAAAGUUGGGUUAUAAAGGAUAAAAUAAACCAGUACAGAGGCCUUAUAAGGCUAUACGAACGUGACAGAAAGAUCCAUGAAGGGGAUUUGACGAAACAGAAGCGUCGCUACUCUCGAGACAUCCGUCAGCUCCGUAAGGAGAUCAAUGUGAAGAGGGAUGAAUUAGGCGUGGCUGUUUAUGGAGACAAGCAGUUCCUGAGGAAUGCCUUCCAAGAACAUCGGAGGCUUCAGCUGACGUAUAUGAAUAGUCAGGCUGAUAAAGUAUUGGAGAGUAUUCAUCAGGAAAACUUCAACAAACGUAAACAGCUUGACAGGAUACGAUAUACGAAAAAGAAGAAGAUGGAAAAAUUUCGCCUAGCACAGCUGGAAGCUGCAGAGCUUCGAGACCGUCUGCUGUUUGAGGUGGGAGGUAAGCUGCCUGCCGAGAAGAAAGAACAAGCUGUGGCCAAUUAUGUGCAGCGAGCGAGCAUCAAGAAGAAUGCUGCGUUAGCCAUAAAAGUCAUGUAUAAGAAAAUUUUGGACAUACUCAAGAAGGACUCGUCAUAUUUCACCGUGGUGCUGGAAGCCCUCAAGUUGGACUGCCGAGCUCAGGGCAAGUGCCUAAUGGGCGCCACUGAAAUGGGUCAGUUGGCGAUGGAGUACCUCGAUGAUAGAAAAUACGAAUUUAGCAUGCUGGAGCAGGAAAUAAAGACAAAUAUGAAGGAGAGGAACCGGACCUUGAAAUUAGCAAGGCGAGAAAUUGCAUACCUGACCAACUCCUUUCCUAAUUUGAUAAGAAAAGAGGAAGCAACCAAUUUGGAUGACCUAUAUGAAGACGAGGACGCAGCCAGCAAGCAUUCAGUGCACUGGGAGCUGGAAGAAGUGACCGGUAUCUGUAAACGUCUGCAGAGAGCUACCCUCGUUCCCUCGUUCGACAGGAUACUACUCCGAUUGCAGGAGCAGACAUAUCAGUCAGAGCGCCUGAUGAUGCAGCUGACGUUGAACAGUACAAAAAGAGAUGCCCUCAUUGAGGACCGGAAACAUGCCGUCCUCAUGCUCGACACCUUGAAAAACGUUGGGCAGGAGAGCACUGCCGAAUACGUAAAAAUAAAAAAGCAAUUAAAAGCUGAAAUAGAUGCCGAGUAUAAAGAAGAGAAAAACUUAACAAGAGCACUGGAUGAAAAAGGAAAACUCAUAAUAGAAAUGAAAACUUCUUUGCAACAAAUAAAUCAGCUUUUGUCGAGUGUCGGCGCCCCCAAUGCACCCAGGCCGGAUACUGUUCCACAGGCUAUCAAGUAUGCGGUAGAAGACCAGAUACAGCCCAUCCCUGAUUUGGAAUCUGAUUUCGACAAGUUAAUACUGGUGGCCCGCCAGAAGCUCACGGUUCUGAUGAACGCCGUGUCCAAGAUGGACGUCGGGCCCGAGGUGCGCCUGUAUGCUAACAGCUUCUACCACAACAUCCUGGCGCGCACAAUGCGGGACAACUACAAGGAUGAGGUGCUCGCUGAGGGAGGCCUGAUAGAGUUCGAGAUGGAGGACCCCAACGUGCCCAGCCACGCCGUCAUCAAGUUGAGGAGCAAGCAGCUGGUGGAGGCCCAGGUCAGUGAGUUUGAUGUGCCGGACGAGCCACGGAAGAAGUGACCUGGACUGUGUACUACGUCAUUGAACGAAUUUAAUAAAACUAUCAGCGGAAC